AUACAUGUUCAGCAAAUUUUUUACUCGCCGUGAUUUCAAAAUUCGAUGACGUUUACUAAAACAAUUAAGUAAAUAUCAAAAAACACGGUGCAUCGUUAACGUAUACAUAUACAAACUAAAAUAUUUCAGAAUUUUACUUAGUUGUGGAAAUCAGCUUCAGUUUACCAGUGGCAAGUGCGAAUUACAGUACCUAAAAGCGAUCGUGAGUAAAAUGGCCGAGAAAUUACGUUUUGAUGGUCGAGUUGCCGUUGUUACGGGUGCCGGUUCUGGGCUUGGUCGUGAAUAUGCACUGCUCUUUGGAUCUCGAGGGGCGAAGGUUGUGGUAAAUGAUUUAGGUGGUAGUUUCCACGGCGAUGGAGCAUCCAAACGAGCCGCAGAUAUUGUAGUCGAUGAGAUUCGUGCACAAGGAGGCACUGCGGUUGCUGAUUACAAUUCAGUUGUUGACGGUUCAAAGGUCAUAGAAACAGCUAUCAACAAUUUCGGUCGUGUCGAUAUACUAGUGAAUAAUGCGGGAAUUCUUCGCGAUCGCAGCAUUGCCAAGACUUCCGAUCUAGAUUGGGAUUUGAUAAAUGCAGUCCACUUAAAAGGCAGUUUCAAGUGUACACAAGCCGCUUGGCCGUAUAUGCGAAAACAAAAUUACGGACGGAUCAUUAUGACUUCAUCAAAUUCAGGAAUUUAUGGUAAUUUUGGUCAAGCCAACUAUUCAGCUGCGAAAAUGGGGCUGGUUGGCUUGGCCAACACAGUUGCCAUUGAGGGCCAGAAAAACAAUAUACAUUGCAAUGUUAUCAUUCCAACUGCGGCUAGUCGCAUGACCGAAGACAUCCUUCCAGACAUACUUUUCAAUGAGCUGAAACCACACCUGAUUGCACCUGUUGUGGUAUACUUGUGUCACGAAUCUUGCAAAGAUAACGGAUCCUAUAUUGAGAGUGCUGCGGGUUGGGCUACAAAACUAAAUAUUGUACGUGGCAAGGGUUGUGUAUUGCGCACAUCUAUUGAUCAAACUACCACAACGCCAGAAUACGUGCAAAGCGUAUGGGCAAAGAUCACUGACAUGACAGACGCCAAGCAUUUGGACACAAUCGGGCAGGCUUCUGGCUCUUUAUUAGAAGUUCUGGAAAAGUUGAAAGACGGCAAAUUUGGAGGAUACGAAGAUACUUUUAAAUAUAGCAACAAAGAUUUGAUUCUUUACGCAUUGGGUAUCGGUGCCAGUGUCAAAAAUGAAAACGAUCUCAAAUUUCUAUAUGAAAAUCACCCCGAAUUCUCGGCUAUCCCUUCAUAUUUUGUGUUGCCAGGUCUCAUGUUAUGUAUGACCACUGAUAUUGUAGGCAAUGCAUUACCUUCAGGAAAGGCUCAUCUAUCAAAUAUUCUACAUGGAGAACAAUAUUUGGAAAUAUGUGACGACAUUCCUACAAGCGGAACCCUUACCACUAUCGGAAAAGUAUUUGAUGUUAUGGACAAGGGGUCUGGCGCACUUGUUGUAACGAAUACUGACACAUAUGAUGAAAGUGGCCGACUUUUAGUUAAAAACCAAAGUUCCACUUUCAUAGUUGGAGCUGGAAAUUUUGGAGGAAAAAAGACACCGAUAAAAGGAGUUAUACCAAUUGUGAAUCCACCAAAUCGGAGCCCAGACGCCACAUGUCAAUACAAAACAACAGCGGACCAAGCCGCUUUGUACAGACUCUCUGGUGAUUUAAAUCCCCUACAUAUUGAUCCUGAUUUCGCAGCUUUAGGCGGAUUUAAGACACCAAUUUUACAUGGUCUAUGUUCAUUGGGUUUCUCAGUACGCGCGAUUUUGGCACAGUACGCCAACAAUAAUGUAUCACUUUUUAAAGCUGUAAAGUUAAGAUUUUCGGCCCCUGUUAUACCAGGUCAAACACUUAAGAUUGACAUGUGGAAGGAAGGCAAACGAGUUCUCUUUACUACCACCGUCGUGGAAACUGGAACGAAGGCAAUUAUUGGGGGAUAUGUAGAUCUAAAGGAUAUUGCGGCCAAAUUGUGAAGAUUCGAAAAACAUAUAUUCACUUGAUUCAAAACACAAUAAUAUUUUAUGGUUUUUAAAGGGGUAUUUUCUUAUUACUUAAAUAAAAUUAUUUUGUUAACUAUUA